GACGUCACGCCCAGAUGUUUCCCCCAGGCCACGCCCCCGCGGGGUCCGGGCGGUAACGGGAGCGGUAACGGAGCGAUAACGGAGCGGUAACGGGAGCGGUAACGGGAGCGGUAACGGGAGCGGUAACGGGAGCGCCAACGGGAGCGCCGGUCCCGCUGUCACCGCGCCAUGGCAGCGCUGCCGCACCGCCCCGCCAGCCCGCCGCCGCUCUGAGAAACACGGCGCCAGCCCCGAGCAACAAGCUGCCCGGGCCAGGAUCUGUCUGCUGCUCUUUUUCUCUUCCAUUGGACCGCCAACGCUUUUUUCGAUUUAGUGACAAGCUGGGUGUGAUCGUCACGAACAAAGUGUGGGUUUGAUGGCUGCUAAGUCAGCCCUUACUCCUACGUACCGAUCCUAAAAAAUAAGGGACGGAAAAGUCUGCUUGUGUAAUCUUUUUAAAAAGGGAAAGAGCGCUGUUGUGUUGGGUUCGGUUUUUUUCCUAUUUUUGUCUUCGUCUGUUUGGAUUUCUUUUUAAACUUAUGAAAAAUGGCAACAGCAGCGUAUGUGGAUCAUUUUGCAGCAGAGUGCCUUGUUUCUAUGUCGAGUCGUGCUGUUAUCCAUAGUCCCAAAGGGGAGCCUGAUCCCCAACCUGAUGCAGCAAUACUUCCUUCAUCCAAUGGAGAAGAUAGACGGGAAGUCAGAGAAACCGGGAAAGACAAUGGAUCGUCAUUACUUGUGGUAGCUAGCAUUUUAGCAGAUCUGAACCAGCAUGUCCCAAACUCAGCUGCUCUAAGGACGGAAAAAACAGAGACGCUUGAUGUAACAGAACAAAUACACAUUUCUAUUGCUCCCAAGGAGUUUGGGGAAGAAAGUGUGUCUUCAGCUGGUAAGCAUGGAGGAGAAAGAGCAGCCACACCUACUAGCCUGGCUGCAGUAACUGAGCCAAGCCCCAGACAAAAGAACAAACGCCUAAGAAGCUGGACUGACCCUGGAUCACCCCAGAAAAAGCACAAAUGCCACUAUGUGGGGUGUGAAAAAGUUUAUGGCAAAUCUUCCCAUCUUAAAGCUCAUCUAAGGACCCAUACAGGUGAGCGGCCGUUCGAGUGCAGCUGGCAGGGCUGCAGCAAGAAGUUCGCUCGCUCGGACGAGCUGGCGCGGCACCACCGCACGCACACGGGCGAGAAGCGCUUCGGGUGCCCGCUGUGCGACAAGCGCUUCAUGCGCAGCGACCACCUGAGCAAGCACGCCCGGCGCCACGCCGCCUUCCAGCCCGGCAUGCUGGGGGCCAGGGCCGGUGCCCGGCCGGGCUCGGGCAGCGAGCGCAGCCGCUCCGGCGCCUCCAGCCCCGCCACCAGCCCCGCCAGCUCCCCGUAGCCGCCAGCGCCGGACCUGCGCUUCUGCGUUCGGAACAGCUCCGUGCCCCUCCUCCCUCUCUUUUUAAUAUCUGCCUCUCUCACUGCAAAUUUUUUUAAAGUCGGAUUUGCUUUACCCGACCGCGCAAGUGGCUGUUCUAACCUCGUGGACGCAUAAAUUUACCAUGCUGUCUCAAUAUUUCAUCUGUUUUGCAACCGCUCUUCGUUGUUAUUUAUAAGGAAAUGGAAAAAAAAAUCUUUAAAAAAAAAAAGGAAAAAAAAAAAUCCGCUUAAUUCACCUCAGGUGUUGAAGUAGUUUGUAAAACCGGGUUGCACAAUGUAAGCGUACAUACACUUAAAAAUCAACUGUGUUGGAUUUGUGUCCCCUUGCUCCUUUCUCAGGGAUGGAUAUUUAUGUUACACAAUAAUUACAAUGAAGACACACCCUAACCAUGGCCUUACUCUGUAGAUGUAAUUGCACUCAGAAGCUUUUUCGUUGGGUUCUUCACACACUGGGGAAAAAGUGAAAAACAAGCAAACAAUAGAGAAAGCAAUCCAAUACUGGAAUGUAGUACCAGACUCUUCCAUCCUUCAUUUUCCUGAUUUUACACCUUUGUUGGGGACUCCUGUCCAAACAGGAGUCUUGUCUUUCUUCAGGCUGCCCCCUGCAAGCUGUCUCCUCACUUCAUGCUCCAAAGAUGCUCCAAAACCAACUUCCAACUGCAAAAUUCUCGAUAAACUUGCUUGUUCGUUUGUUUCGUGCUAGAUAAAAUCCUGAGAAAAAAAAUUUUCAACAAGAUGCCUUAAAGAAAUAACCUAAAUGAUAAAGAAACAAAUGUACACUGGGUAACAUUUUAUGGCAGGGUGGCCUGGAAUCUCAGAGACUUUCUGUUGUCACUCUCUCCAAGUUGUUGUCUGCACUGCCUGUUCAGUAUGAGACCAACAGAAUAUUCAAACCACACUGACUUGAACAAUUCCCUUUAUUUCUUCUUCCUUUGUUUUGUUUUGUCGUUUUUUUGUUUUUUUUUUAAAUGAACUAUGGAAAUAGCAUUACUGAACCAAUGCCCACCAAAACUGUUAUCAAGGUACUUACCUACUGUGCAGCUCUAUCUUAGAAAGAAAAAUUGGCUAAGACAUAGUUUCUGUAUCCUGUUGCAUCAAAAUUGUGAUCAUUGAUAAAAGGAAGUGAAAAUCAUAAGGUAUCUUCUGACUGGAAUAAUAAAAUAUGCAUUUUUAAGUUUAAAAUAAAAUGACAUUAUAGCUCAGCACUCCUUCAAGUUCCUCAAAAA